AUGAUAGUAGUGUACGGAAAACCGAAAUCGUUCAAAAGCGUACAAACGAACUCGAGUGUCUCGUGGGAUGAUUGUGUGAAAUUGUGCUGGAGCAAUUCUAGCUGUGUGGUCAGUUUUGUAAAUGAUUUUCGCUUUACAAAACAUUUUGAGUUGGCCUAUGAUAAAAAUAACACUUGUCAAUGGUUUAAGUACGGAAACAUCAGCACAGUUACUCAGACAACUAAGACUCAAGGGUUUAAGGUUGCUUUCAAGGUACACCUUAAACAUAAAUUGUUAGAAGAAUGUAAUGUUCACAGAUUAACAUAACAUCCGCAACGUGUCCAACUGGAACCAAUCCACCAACUUUCAACAAUAAAACCGCGUCGGUUUCGCUGGAAACUCCAGAUGAAGUGACGCAGAUUCCUAUACGAGUGAAUUAUACUAUAAAACUGGUCAAUGGAACUUGGACGUUCACCUUUGUUGGUAAGUAGACGCACAUUUUGGAAAGUUUAGAAACUCCAAAGUUCAGUUAAAAACGCGUGUCCCUUACCGCAAUAUUCGUUCACUCGGCGCCCAUCAAUGGAUUGGUGUCUUCUGCCGUUGUACACGAAUAUCUCGCAGAGUUAUGAUGAUGCCGUAGCCGGAUGCGCAACCCAGGGAUGCAUUCUGACUGGGGCUUCGAAUGCCGACGAAGUCGAGUAUCUUGUUGGUCAGUCCCUUUGCGAAAAUUAGCAAAAUCGCAAAAUAUUUUAGUGAGUGCAAAGUUGAUCCGUACUUACACUAUUUCAAGAAACAUCUAUCUACGAAUUGAUGGAGUCAGAUCGACAAAAUGUCAAUCAACCCCAAAAACUGCUGCUUGCAAGACAUCAAGUGUAAGUUGCACAUAAUAUAUCAAAGCUUGAAACUUAUAUCAUCAGGGCUUUACAUACGGCGACUCGAGCUCCAAAACUAUUGACUAUUAUAAUUGGGUGACCAACGCUGGCGCUCAAGCGAGUACCGGAGACAAUUGUCUUGUGGUACGGGCUAAUGGAACGAGUUCUAUACUUGAGGAUGUUCGGAGGUAUGUAAUAGGCUUCAAGCAACACAACAUAAUGGUAAUUUCAGCUGUACCAGCACAACUGCUCUACCCGUUUAUGGCUUUGUUUGCGGAAGGCAAGCUUGGGUUUGGUGA